AUGGAUUUCAACAAUAAGAGAUUUGUAGAAUCAGACACAUUUGUCGAGCAUUUCUUACAAAGACAUAAAUUCACAGGGGUUCAACAAUUGACUAUUUAUAUUCAGGAUAUUUACAAUGAUGAAGAUCAAUGUCAAUUGCAUUCAAUUGAAUUGAGAGGUGAAUUCAUUGAAUUGAAUAAAGAUCCAAUUAUCACUAUCUACGAAUCAGCUGCUUAUCCUGCGGAUCAUAAAAAUCUAACUGCAAUUGAUCAACAAAAUAACAUACAGUUUGGUAGUUGA